AUAAUGACAAGGUAUGUAUAGAUUUUUUUUCAGUACUAUAUAUCGCAAAAUAUUAAUAUCAAUUUUGUAUAAAUAUUCUUUACCACAUUUUCCAGUCUUCCUCCACUUGUAUCGCUGUGCUUAAGCAUCGAAAUUUUUGACUUCACCCCCACAUCUCCUAUCUCUAGUCUUCUUGCUUGCCAUGGUACUCGCGUAAGAAAUUGUUCCUCAAAAAUCAUCGUAAUAUUGCAAAUACUCUGUACAUGACCUAUAUUUCAGUUUUAUCAAUCAAUACUGUCAUUUUUUGAAGUUUUUUUUCGAUAUAUGGUAUUUUAUGUAAGCCCUGCACGAACAGUUUUAUAUUUUAGUACCUACCGAUGAUGCACGAUCAGCAAGCACCAAAAGUCGUCGUGAAUGAAGAUUACGUAGAUCUGAGGAGGAAAAGUUCACGAAAAACCAUAGAAAGUUCCAAAAGGAGUCAUGUCAGUUCUAGUAGCCAACACAACGAAUCAAAUUACUUGCAAACCAACGGGCUGCGUCACGAGAAAGAGCUGAUCAAUUGCGCGCUGAAAAAAUUGGCGACGUCAUACACUACCAAUUUGAAUAAGCAUCAAAAGCAAGGUACGCCUUCGGUUAAUCAAUUAAGGGUAAAAGAAAAGUCUAUGAUCGAACCGACUAGGCAAAAAAGACAUUCCAUCAGUCACGAAGGAUCAGGGCUCAAGUCGCAGUCCGAUAUAUCGUUCUGCAAUGUGCUGAAGAAGAAUCAGGAUAACAGUGGAAUUUUUCGCAGAAAAUGUUCCGUAACGAACAUAUCCGAGCCUGAAGUGACGUCAGUCAAAACAGUAAGUAAAAACACCGGUCAUAUUGAGAAGAAAUGUGCCAGCAAAAAGGACGAAAAUCGCAGACAUUCACGUCAUCAGAGGGCAAAGUCAAAAGAUUUUAAUGAGAAGGAACCAAAGGCAAGCGAACUGAAAGAUUUUGAAGUUUAUCACGCAACAACUUACGUAGACCGAAAACUAUCGGAAUCGUAUUGCCCGAACAAAACAAUCGAAUGGAAGCGAAGUUGGACGUUGCCAGUUUUCACGCCGAAAACCGAAUCGAAACGGAAAAACGCUGAUGCCGACAAUUUCGAUCGUACUACGUAUCUUUAUGAUGACGGCACUGACAUCGAUUCCGCUUGCUUGCAAAGCGACAAGAAUAAGAUUAUAGGCCAAGAGCCGUGCACUUCGAUGGUUGGCACACUGUGUACCAUGGCCUUCGAAAAACAAUUCAUGGUCCUAUUAUUUAUCAUCGGCAGCCUCUGUGGAUUCUUGUUGGUCUCCCUGUGUAUAUGGCUGCUAUUUGGAAAUGAACUCUUAGAUGUACUCCUGAAACCGCGGCCUAAACAAUACAGGAUCGCGAAAUAUUUCAAUUACCUAGGAAAUGGAAUAACGCGGAUUAUCACGGCGAUAUUUGGAAAGAUUGGACAAGUUUUAGUAAUGCCAGUGCAACAAGUGUAUCAACCAACGGACAACAUCUGGCCACUAAACCGACUGUAGAAUAAGGUGCUCACUUUACGUAAAAAUGAAAAUAAACCAACUCGAUAGAAAACUU